AUGAACACGUUGUUCUUGAUCAUGUUUUACUUCUUAUCCGUUCUAUUUCUCUUUCUCUUUCUUCUCAUCUCAAUUCUCAUACUCACAACAUUCAUAGGACAAUCCAUAAAAAACCCUAAAUUUCCACCAGUGAAAGGAACAGUCUUCCACCAAUUAAUCAACUUCAAAACACUCUUCAAUUACUUAACACAAAUAGCACUAACCAAUCCAACUUUCAGGCUUCUAGCUCCAAGGAAAUCCAAGAUCUACACGUCCGACACACGAAAUGUGGAACACAUACUCAAAACAAAUUUCCACAAUUACUCCAAAGGAAAGUUUAACCAUGAUACUAUUUUUGAUCUUUUUGGUGAUGGAAUUUUUGCUGUUGAUGAUGAUAAAUGGAGGCAUCAGCGAAAGCUUUCUAGUGUUGAGUUUUCAACUAGAGUUCUUAGAGAUUUUAGCUGCGAUGUUUUCAGAAGGAAUGCUGCUAAGUUGGUUAGAGUUGUCUUAGGGUUUUCUAAUGCAGGAAUGGUCUUUGAUAUGCAAGAUAUAGUAAUGAAAUGUACUUUGGACUCCAUAUUCAAAGUUGGGUUUGGAGUGGAAUUGCAAUCUUUGGAGAGAUCAAGCAAAGAGGAAAAUGUCUUCAUGAAGGCCUUUAAUGAUUCAAAUGCGUUCGUAUUCAGACGCUAUUUAGACCCUUUAUGGAAGUUGAAAAGGGUUCUUAACUUUGGAUCAGAAGCUUCCCUUAAGAAGAAUAUCAAGAUAAUUGAUGAUUUUGUGCAUAGCAUAAUUAAGACCAAAAGGAAACUUUUAUCAGUGCAAAAUGAUUUUAGUGAUAAAGAAGAUAUACUUUCAAGGUUUUUGGUGGAAAGUAAAAAGGAUCCUUCAAAUAUGACAGAUCAAUAUUUGAGGGAUAUAAUUCUAAACUUUAUGAUUGCUGGAAAAGAUACAAGUGCAAACACUUUGUCAUGGUUCUUCUACAUGUUAUGCAAGAACCCUCUUAUACAAGAAAAAGUUGCACAAGAAGUAAUAAAUGUUACUUCUACUCAAGAAAGUAAACUCAAUUCAGAUGAGUUUGUGAACAAUAUUACAGAUGAUAAUCUUGACAAAAUGCAUUAUCUUCAUGCUGCAUUAACAGAAACAUUGAGGCUAUAUCCUGCUGUUCCAAUGACUGGUAGGACAGCGGAAGAAAAUGAUAUACUUCCUGAUGGGUACAUGGUGAAUAAGGGAGAAACAGUGUAUUACUUGUCCUAUGCUAUGGGAAGAAUGCCUUACAUUUGGGGGGAUGAUGCUGAAGAAUUCCUACCUGAAAGAUGGCUUAAGGAUGGAAUCUUUCAACCAGAAUCAUCAAUCAAAUUCAUUUCAUUCCAUGCUGGUCCUCGUAUAUGUUUAGGAAAAGAGUUUGCUUAUAGACAGAUGAAAAUAGUAGCAAUGGCACUUGUUAGACUCUUUAGAUUUAAGUUGGCAAAUGAAAGAGAUCAUGUGACAUAUAGGACCAUGUUCACACUUCAUAUUGACAAAGGCCUCCCUCUUUAUGCUGUUCCAAGGUGUCAUGUAUUUGAAUAA